UGUUCAGGGCAUCAGGCAACGAAAGCCCCAUCUGCGAGGACGACGAGGUCAGAAGACAGAUGGAGAGGCUUCUUCUCCCUUUUUCUAUGCAAUUUUAAUACGGUUACGUUGGCAUGCAACUCGACCCAGAGUGAGAGAGAGAGAGCUUAGGCCCCAAUCGCCUGAUCCUUCUAUUGGUUUGCAUGGCUGCUCUUUCCUCUCUGACCAGGUGAACCGACAACAGUUCUGAAACCCUAUCCAUUAUCUGAAUUCGAUAUCUCUACCAUGUCCUCUUCGCAGGCCUUAGGCGGCACCUCCCGCGCUGGUCGCAUUCUCGGACCCUCGUUGGAUAAGAUUAUUAAGAAUGUGGCCUGGCGAAAGCAUACCCAACUAGUUGCUGCCUGCAAAUCGGCACUCGACAAACUUGAGACCCUCAAAGAUUCUCCUGAUCCAAUACCUGACACGCCCAUAUUUGGGUUCGUUGUUACAGACGCUGAAUUCGUUCUCCAGCCCUUAAUCCUUGCUGUUGAGUCGGCCACCGUCAAGGUCAUCGAACCUGCUCUGGAAUGCGCUAUUAAACUGUUCUCCCAAGGCAUGAUCUGCGGUGAGAUCGAUCGCCUCGAGGGUGAUGAUAGACGCUCCGUUUUAAACCGGUUGAUCGAUUCCAUUUGCAAUUGUGCCGGUCUCGGUGAAGAUGGGAUCGAGCUUGCGGUGCUCAGGGUCUUGGGUUCUGCUGUCCGGACUCCGUGCGUGUUGAUUCGGGGCGAUUGUUUCAUUCAGAUUGUUAAGACCUGCUACAAUGUGUAUGUUGGUAGCAUGAACAGCAUUAACCAGAUCUGUGCCAAGGUAGUUCUCGCGCAGAUUUUGAUGAUCGUUUAUGCCAGGGUCGAGGAAGAUUCGAUGGAGGUUAAGGUUCGUUCUGUUACCGUUGGUGAAUUAUUGGAGGUGUCCGAUAAGAGCUUGAACGAUUGGAGUUUAGUUCAAUUUGUUCAGAACUUCAUUGACGACAUCGUUGAAAGUAGCCAAGGGGUCUCAAAUUUGAAACUGUACUCCUCUGAAUCGCUUGAAUCGCGAAAUGGUCAUGUUUCAGUGCCCUCCGAGGAGGGAAAAGGUGAACUGGGUGAUGGAGAGUCGGUAGAUCGGGGAAGAUCCAGUAGUGGCAGUAAGAUUCGAGAAGAUGGAUAUCUUCUGUUUAAAAACUUGUGCAAGUUCUCGAUGAAGUUGUCAACCCAAGAGAAUCCCGAGGACCAAGUUCUCUUGAGGGGAAAAAUUUUGUCCCUGGAGCUGCUAAAGUUUGCAAUGGAUCAUGCCAGUUCAUUUUGGGGAACAGACGAGAGGUUUCUCAGUGCUAUCAAGCAGUAUCUCUGCCUAUCAUUGCUGAAGAAUAGUGCAUUGUCUGUUAUGACGGUUUUCCAGCUCCUGUGUUCUAUCUUCACAUGCUUGUUAUCAAAGUUCAGAUCAGGAUUAAAAUCAGAAAUUGGGAUUUUCUUUCCCAUGCUUAUCCUCAGAGUGCUUGAAAAUGUGCUCCAGCCUAGUUUUAUGCAGAAAAUGACGGUUCUCAAUUUGCUAGAGAGGAUCUCUCAGGAUUCACAGAUCAUCAUUGACAUUUUUGUGAACUACGACUGUGAUGUGGAUUCACCUAAUAUUUUUGAAAGGAUUGUCAAUGGCCUUGUAAAGACUGUUUUAGGUCCGCCCCCGGGUUCCACUACAACCCUGUCUCCAGCCCAGGAUUUGGCACUCCGAGUUGAAUCUAUGAAGUGCUUGGUUGGCAUCAUCAAGUCAAUGGGAGCUUGGAUGGACCAACAGCUGCAGGCGACUGAUUUGUGUCUGUUAAGAAGUCCUGAGAGUGAUGCAUCAGCUGAAAGCUAUAGCAUGCUUAACGGAGAUGAAGGAGCUGCUGUUGACUAUGAACUGGAAUCAAGUUCUGAGUUGUCAGAAGCUGCAACACUUGAGCAACGGCGAGCUUAUAAGAUAGAAUUUCAGAAAGGGAUCUCCCUGUUUAACAGGAAACCUUCCAAGGGCAUUGAGUUUCUAAUAAGUGCCAAAAAGAUUGGUGGUUCUCCGGAAGAAGUUGCUUCAUUCCUGAAAAACACGUCUGGCCUGAAUGAGACCAUAAUUGGAGACUACCUGGGUGAAAGGGAGGAAUUCCCUUUGAAAGUUAUGCAUGCAUAUGUGGAUUCUUUUAAUUUUGAAGGAAAGGAUUUUGGUGAAGCUAUUCGGUUUUUCCUAAGGGGCUUCAGGUUGCCUGGAGAGGCACAGAAGAUUGACCGCAUAAUGGAAAAGUUUGCUGAGCGUUACUGUAAAUGCAAUCCAAAUUCUUUUACGAGUGCAGAUACAGCUUAUGUUCUUGCUUAUUCUGUGAUAAUGCUCAACACCGAUGCCCAUAAUAGCAUGGUGAAAGACAAGAUGUCGAAGGCUGAUUUUAUCCGCAAUAAUCGUGGGAUAGAUGAUGGAAAAGAUUUACCGGAAGAGUAUCUGGGCUCGCUGUAUGAUCAAAUUGUGAAAAGUGAAAUAAAGAUGAGUGCUGAUUCUUCUGCACCACAGAGCAAGCAGGCAAACAGCUUCAAUAAGUUAUUGGGCCUAGAUGGCUUAUUCAAUUUAGUCAACUGGAAGCAGGCUGAAGAGAAACCCUUAGGUGCAAAUGGAGUUCUCAUAAGGCACAUCCAGGAGCAGUUCAAAGCAAAGUCAGGCAAAUCUGAAUUCGUUUUUUAUGCGGUCACGGAUACGGCAAUACUGAGGUUUAUGGUGGAGGUUUGCUGGGCUCCAAUGUUAGCUGCAUUUAGUGUGACUCUUGACCAGAGUGAUGACAAGACUGCCACAUUUCAAUCUUUACAAGGCUUCCGACAUGCUGUGCAUGUCACCGCAGCAAUGGGCAUGCAGACACAGAGAGAUGCUUUUGUUACAUCUCUUGCCAAGUUUACUUUUCUCCAUUGUGCUGCAGACAUGAAGCAAAAGAAUGUUGAUGCUAUGAAGGUAAUAAUAUCAAUCGCCAUUGAAGACGGUAAUUAUCUUCAGGAAGCCUGGGAGCACAUAUUAACAUGCCUCUCCCGAUUUGAGCAUCUGCAACUCUUGGGAGAGGGCGCACCACCUGAUGCAUCCUUUUUCGUGGUAUCUCAAUCUGAAACAGAAGAUAAGACACAGAAGUCUCCAGGUUUUCCAUCUCUAAAGAAAAAAGGAAGUGCUCUUCAGAAUCCAGCUGUAAUGGCUGUUGUUCGAGGGGGCUCUUAUGAUAGUGCUACUCUUGGAAUUAAAGCCUCAGCGCUGGUAACUCCAGAUCAGAUUAAUCAUUUUAUUUCCAACUUGAAUCUACUUGAUCAGAUUGGGAAUUUUGAGCUGAACCACAUAUUUGCCCAUAGCCAAAGGUUGAAUAGUGAAGCGAUUGUAGCUUUUGUGAAGGCCCUCUGUAAAGUUUCCAUGGCAGAAUUGCAGUCUCCAACAGAUCCUCGUGUUUUCAGCCUUACCAAAAUAGUUGAAAUUGCGCAUUAUAACAUGAGCCGCAUUAGAUUGGUGUGGUCUCGCAUAUGGAGCGUGCUUUCAGAUUUCUUUGUCGCAGUUGGGUUGUCAGAAAAUCUUUCUGUUUCAAUAUUUGUGAUGGAUUCAUUACGACAGCUGGCUAUGAAGUUCCUAGAGCGUGAGGAGCUGGCAAAUUACAAUUUUCAGAAUGAAUUUCUUAGACCUUUCGUGAUUGUCAUGCAGAAAAGCAAUUCUGCAGAAAUUAGAGAAUUAAUUGUUCGUUGUGUCUCACAGAUGGUCCUCAGCCGUGUGAGUAAUGUGAAAUCUGGCUGGAAAAGCGUUUUUACGGUUUUUACAACUGCUGCAGCAGAUGAACGCAAGAAUAUUGUUUUAUUGGCUUUUGAGACCAUGGAGAAAAUCGUCAGAGAUUAUUUUCCCUACAUAACUGAGACAGAGAAUACGACCUUUACUGAUUGUGUGAAGUGUCUUAUAACCUUCACCAAUAGCAGAUUUAACAGUGAUGUCAGCCUCAAUGCCAUUGCAUUUCUCCGAUUUUGUGCUGUUAAACUUGCAGAUGGCGGACUAAUUUGCUAUGAUAAGAGCAAGGAAGAUGAUUCAUCUAUUCCAGUUAUGGACGGAGAUGAUUCGUAUGGACUUCCCUUCACAGAUAAGGAUGAUCAAGUCUACUUUUGGGUUCCUUUGCUCACAGGUUUGUCCAAACUGACAUCUGAUCCCAGACAAACUAUCAGGAGGAGUGCUUUAGAAGUGCUCUUCAAUAUUCUGAAGGAUCAUGGCCACAUAUUCUCUCUGCCCUUUUGGCUCGGUGUUUUCAAAUCUGUCAUUCUUCCCAUAUACAGUACCACUGAAGGAAAAGGAGAAACGUUUGACAUUCAUGAUGGCAGAUUUUCACUAGAUUCUAAAUCCUCAAAAUCCGAAGAAAAUGCAUGGAGCUCUGAAACUUUUACGGAGGCAGCUCAGUAUCUGGUGGACCUCUUUGUUAGUUUCUUUGAUUUGGUGCGUUCUCAGCUACCAAGCGUUGUAUCAGUACUCACAAGGUUCAUUAGCAGUCCUGUUCAGAGUCUGGCUAGUGCUGGUGUAGCUUCGUUGCUUCAUUUGGCUGGUGACUUGGGCAACAGACUUUCUGAAGAGGAGUGGGGAGUUUUCUUUCUGCGCUUGAAAGAAGCAGCUGCAUCAACUCUGCCUGGAUUUUUAAAGGUUCUUAGAAUCAUGGAUGACAUCGAGAUAUCUGAUGAUUCACAAACCUAUACAGAUAUGGAGUUAUAUUCAGAUCAUGGAUUUACCCAUGAUGAUCUUGAGGAUGAUAGCCUGCAAACUGCCGCCUAUGUCGUUUCCAGAGUGAAGGGUCAUAUAGCUGUUCAAUUGCUCAUAGUACAGGUCAUAACUGAGCUUUGUAAGGCACACCAACAAUCCUUAUCGGCAGCCAACAUGACAGUCCUUGUGGAGAUAUUUUCAUCUGUUACUUCUCAUGCUCACAACCUUAAUUCAGAAACCAUCCUACAGGUGAAGUUGAGGAAAGUGUGUUCAAUCUUGGAGAUUUCAGACCCUCCAAUCGUUCACUUUGAAAAUGAGUCAUACCAGAGCUACCUCAACUUUUUGCAUAGUAUACUCACAGAGAACCCAUCUCUCUCCAAAAUAAUGAACACAGAACCUCAGCUAGUGGCAGAAUGUGAACAAAUAUUGCAGAUAUACUUGAAUUGUGCAGGUUGUGAGUCCAUCAAACAGACACCAGGUAACCAACCGGUGACACACUGGAGAGUUCCGUUGGGAUCAGCAAAAAAAGAAGAAUUGGCUGCUCGAACUUCAUUGACUGUACUAGCAUUGCAGGUAUUGAGUGGCUUGGAAAGGGAUUCUUUUCGGAGAUAUGUGUCACAUUUCUUCCCUUUGUUGGUGGAUCUCUUGCAAAGCGAACACAGCUCUGGAGAAGUGCAACAUGUUCUAAGCAACAUGCUCCAAUCAUGUAUAGGGCCAAUAAUAUUAGACUUGUGAUGUAUUAUUCAAUUAUUUUUUCUGUCCGAUUAGCCAGGGCGUAGGCCACCUUGUUUUGUUUUACUUUUGUAGAAUAUACAGAGGCUGGGGUCACAUGUUGAAUGAAUGUACAGUAAAUUGAAUUUAACAUAUAAUGAAGAUUUUUUUAUC